AUUUGGGAUUUCCAAUGGGAUCUGGGAAGCAGCUGAAGCAACAGGAACCUUAGCGGUCCCGCGAGGCCAGCCGUAGUUUGAACGCUCAUCUUUGCAGCAGUUCUGGACCAAGUUGCCCAAAGCCUAUCCUCACGUCCAUCAGGGCCUUGUAAUCCAGGUGAAUACACAUGGCUCUUCUACGGAGAGUCAAUCAAGUGUUGCUGCUUCUUCUGGUCCUGACACUCUGUGGGAUUCUGUACAAGAAAGUUCUUAAGGGAGCUGUGCUUAAGGACAAACCAGAUGUUGAUUCUGAGUCCCCUGAGGACAUGGAAGAGGAGAUCCCAGUGGUGAUCUGUGCAGCCGCAGGGAGAAUGGGUGCAGCUAUGGCGGCCAUCAACAGCAUCUACAGCAACACUGAUGCUAACCUCGUGUUCUAUGUAGUGGGGCUACGGAGCACUCUGCCUCGAAUACGAAAAUGGAUCGAACAUUCUAAACUGAGAGAAAUAAACUUCAAGAUUGUGGAGUUCAACCCUGUAGUCCUCAAGGGGAAGAUUAGACCAGACUCAUCGAGGCCUGAGCUGCUCCAGCCUCUGAACUUUGUUCGGUUUUAUCUCCCUCUGCUUGUCCACCAGCAUGAGAAAGUCAUCUAUUUGGACGAUGAUGUCAUUGUACAAGGUGAUAUCCAGGAACUGUAUGAUACCACCUUGGCUCUGGGCCAUGCAGCAGCCUUCUCAGAUGACUGCGAUUUACCCUCUGCUCAAGACAUCCACCGACUUGUGGGACUACAGAACACAUACAUGGGCUAUCUGGACUACCGGAAGAAGACCAUAAAGAACCUUGGCAUCAGCCCCAGCACCUGCUCAUUCAAUCCUGGUGUGAUUGUGGCCAACAUGACUGAAUGGAAACACCAGCGAAUCACCAAACAGCUGGAGAAAUGGAUGCAGAAGAAUGUGGAAGAAAACCUCUACAGCAGCUCCCUGGGAGGAGGAGUGGCCACCUCUCCCAUGCUGAUUGUGUUUCACGGAAAGUAUUCCACCAUCAACCCGCUGUGGCACAUACGGCACCUCGGCUGGAACCCUGAUGCAAGAUAUUCGGAACACUUCCUGCAGGAAGCUAAACUACUCCACUGGAAUGGAAGACAUAAACCCUGGGACUUUCCUAGUGUUCACAAUGACUUAUGGGAAAGCUGGUUUGUUCCUGACCCUGCAGGGAUCUUUAAGCUGAAUCACAAUAGAUGAAACACUCCAACAGUUAAAGUACACCCCGGAUAAAAAUGGAACAGGCCCUCUGAAUCCUCUAACUCUGUUCUUUAAGAGCGACUCUUCUGAUAUAUAUGACCUACAAUGUAAGAGACAAAAACUAUUGUGUACAAGUUGAAACAAGGCCCACACAGACAGACUUAACUUCUUGAAGUUCAAAUGAUUGCCAUGAGCAGCCCCUACUCAUUCCUUUCUUUUGGUGUUUUGCGACAGGGUCUCGCUAUGAACCCCAGGUCUCUACCUGAAUGACAACUAUAUCUGAAAGUUUUCAAAAUCUCUAAUUUCUCAGUUAAGAUAUUUUUGGAGCAGUUCUUUUGUUUUACUUUUAAGAUGGGAUCUCCCUGGCUGGAAAGAGUGUUGGCUGCUCUUCCAGAGGACCCAGCUUUGAUUCCCAGCACCCACAUGGCAGUUCCAGGGGAUCUGAUAUU